AUGAGCUCCAUACAGUCAAACUCUUCUGCAAACGAGACCUUUGUUCGUCCUGCAACAUUUUUCCUCAGUGGCCUUUCUAAUGUUCCACAUGCAAAAUACUAUUAUGUGUUCUUGUCUUUAGUGUAUGUUGCUACUGUUUUGGGGAAUUCAUUUAUCAUGUGUGUGAUUUAUUUGUCUCGCAGACUUCACACAGCCAAAUAUGUUGUUGUUUUCCAUCUGGCCUUUUCUGAUCUGUGUGGAAGCUCGACUGUGAUUCCAAAAAUAAUUGACACAUUUUUAUUCGAACAUCAGGAGAUUUCAUAUGAAGCAUGUUUGGCAAACACGUUUUUUAUAUAUCAUUUCCUAAAUAUCCAGUCUUUAACACUACUUGUCAUGGCUUAUGACAGACUGGUUGCUAUUUGUUUUCCUCUACGUUAUCAUGCUAUUAUAACCAAACCAACAAUGUUCCUGAUCCUAGGAGGAAUGUGGAUUUAUUCUGUGACAUAUUUUUCUGUAUUUAUAGGUUUGCUAAAUAGACUCUCUUUUUGUAAAUCUAAUGUGAUUGAUAGUUAUUUUUGUGAUUACAGUCUUCUGAAUAAACUAGCGUGUAAUGAUAAUUCUAUAAAUAUUUUGAUGAUAAAAAUUUGCUUUGGUGUCAUGAUUGGCAUGCCACUCAUGCUGAUCUUUGUCUCAUAUUUCUGCAUUUCUUUAGCUCUGUUUAAGAUUGCUCAUGGUGCCGAUCAAGCCAAAGCCAUAAAAACCUGCACCUCACACCUCAUGUUGGUGGCAAUUAGUUAUAUCCCCUAUUUAAGUAGUCACAUUGCAUUCUUAACAUCACAUAUUCAACCAAACACCCGGUUAAUUAACCAUUCCCUCACACAGACAAUUUCACCUAUGCUGAAUCCCAUCAUUUACACUCUAAAGACAGAGGAGGUAAUGCAAUCCAUAAAAGAUCUGUACAAAUCUAGCAAAGUGAGCAGUACAGUACAAAUGAAAUGUAGGAGAAAUUCGAAACUAAAAUUACAGGUUUAA